GUGACCAGCUGACGUCACUAAAGAUGUAAACACAAAGUCAUGGCCUUUAAAUGAAUGUUCAACUGACUGAAAUGGAUUGGAGACACGAUCAGUCUGGUAGAUUAGUCGAAACGCAGAAUUUGUUGGAAUCGGAUACAAGUGACAAUGAAUCUGUGACUAGUAAGGAUAAUAAACCUGACCCUACAUCAUACGAAGAUGCCUUGGAAGCAACUGGAAAUGGUAUAUUCAAUUAUCUGUUGACUGUCAUCUGUGGUUGGGCUGUAUCCAGUGAUGCAAUAGAGAUUAUGUCUCUUUCCUAUGUGUUACCCUCUACAACAUGUGACUUCAACAUUUCUGAGUAUUAUGUUGCUAUCCUCAACGCUUCAAUGUUUGUUGGAAUGCUGAUAGGUGGUUAUAUGUGGGGUAUUAUUGCUGAUGAAAUUGGUCGGCGUAAAGUUCUUCUGUUUUCAUUAACACUCAAUGGUGUUGCAGGCCUUGUUUCCAGUGUUGCUCAGGAGUACUGGCUUUUCACUUCAAUGAGACUAAUUAGUGGAAUUGGAGUUGGUGGCAGCGUUCCUGUUGUAUUUUCCUAUUUUAUUGAAUUCCAACCAAAGAAGCGCCGUGGUGCUAUGGUUUCUCUAUUAGCUUCAUUUUGGAUGAGUGGCACAAUAGUGGCUGCUGGUCUUGCUUGGUUUAUCAUUCCAUAUACCCAUAUAGACGUCCAUCUACAAAAUUUUGCUUACACCAACUGGCGCCUCUACCUUUCUGUCUGUGUCAUACCUAGUUUGUCAUCAGUGAUUUUCUUCUUUUUUUUACCAGAAAGUCCGAAGUUUCUACUUUCGAUUGGAAAUGAAUCUGAAGCCCUUGCUAUCCUGAAAUUGAUUUACAAGAAAAACCACACAAGGGCAUAUGGUCACAAGUAUCAAGUGUUUUCACUUCGGAGCUCGAAAGAUUUCAGUAGCAGCAAACACUCUUUCACACAGUCUACCAUAACAGGGAAAUUAAAACAUACUAUGAAGAAUACCGCAAGUCUUUUCAAAAAUCCUCUGCUCUACAAUUCAGCUGCCUUAAUGGUUAUCAGUUUUACACUGUCCUUUGGCUAUUAUGGUCUGUCAAUGUGGUUCCCAAGUAUGUUCGACAAAAUAGAGAAAUAUGGAGGUUCAAUAUGCAGCCCUGGAAAACCUACAAAUACUACGUUUAAUCUGACUUGUCAGGAACCUGACAAGGACAUUUACUUUGAUGGUUUCUUGACUUCUGUUUCCAAUUUACCUGGCAACAUACUCAGUAUGCUGCUUGUAGAUAGAAUUGGUCGUAAAAUCCUCUUAGUUGUUAGCAUGGUGAUCUCUGGAUUAAGUGUCUUCUUCAUCUGGUUUGUCAAAACAAAAGUACAAAGUUUGGCAUUGUCAUGCCUAUUUGGUGGCAUUUCCGUUAUUGGAUGGAACUCUCUCGACACUAUAUCAAGUGAAAUAUUUCCAACACAACUAAGAUCCACAGGCUUAGGUGUACAAACAGCUACAUUGAGAAUUGGUGCAAUACUUGGAAACCUGUUUUUUGGGAUUCUUAUAAAUGCACAAUGUGCUAUACCAAUGCUUCUAACUUCUGGACUUCUGCUACUUGGAGGUCUCCUUGCAAUAAAGCUACCAGAUUUGACUGGCAAAGACCUGUCUUGAUAUAUUUCUGUUAACUGACAUGUCUUUCUAUAUAAUAUAUCAAUAUAUCAAACUAUUUUUUCAAUUCAAAAUAUUUUAAAUUUGCAUAAUAUAUUUUAAAAAAUAUAUUUUUUAUUAUUUUGA